AUGCGAGUUGUUUUAUUCAUUGGAUCUCCAUUGGAAUCUAUUGAUCAAGCUGAAUUGAUUAAAAUUGCAAAGAAAAUGAAGAAAGAAAAAGUUCAAGCUGAUGUUGUUAUGUUUGGAGAUAAUGAUGAAGAAGCUCAUGAAAAAUUCAAUCAAUUUGUUGAAACUUUGAAUGGAAAGUAAGUUUUGAUUACUCGCAUCAUUUCUCAAAAAAAAAAAAUAAUUUUCAGAGAAGGUAGUGGUUCAAGUUUGAUUGUUGUUCCAACUGGUUCUUCAUUGACUGAUGCUCUUAUGUCAAGUAGCAUUUUCCAACUCGAAGAUGGUUCAAAUGGAGGUGUUGCUGGUGGAGCUGGAGGUGGCUAUGAAUUCGGAGUUGAUGCUGAAAAUGAUCCAGAUUUGGCAUUGGCACUUCGUGUUUCAAUGGAAGAAGAAAGAGCUCGUCAAGCUGCAGCUGCUGGAGGAGUUGUUGAAGAAAAUAAUGGAGGAGCAGAACAAGCUGCUGUUGCUGUUCAACAAUCGGAUGAAAUUGAUAUGGGAGCAAUGACUGAAGAACAACAAUUAGAAUGGGCAUUGAGAUUGUCAAUGCAAGAUAAUGCUCCGGUUGCUCAAGCACCAGCUGCUGCUUCAAAUGGUAAGGCAAAUCCUAGUAAUAAAGACAGUUCUUGAUUUUUAAAAAUUUAAUUUAAUUUCAGACGACGAAAAAAUGGAUGUGGAUGUGACUGGAACACCAACUCCUGAUAAUUUGGACGAAUUGAUGAAUAAUCCAGAACUUUUGCAACAAAUUGUUGAUGAUUUGCCAGCUGGUGAACAAAAGAAAGAAGACGAAAAGAAAGAAUAA